CAGUUCCUGUAGUUUCACUUCCGUUUUGCGUGUAAAUAUUGCAAAGUUGUGUGAAAUAUUAAAGUCGGCUGCCUUUCUGUGUGUAGGACUCAACUGAUGGUCAUAACCAGUCUGUUUAACCAUUUCGUUAGUCCAAAGGAAAAGUUUACAGAUAUAUUGAAGUACUGGACAUUUUGAUAUUUCAAAAAUGCCGAAGAAAUUCAAAGGAGAAAAUUCGAAAGCAGUAGAAGCAAGGGCAAGAAGAGAUGCCCAAAAAUAUGCUGAACAAGAAAAGAAACAAAAAGAAGCUGAAGAUGAGCUUUGGAGAGAUGAUGACAAGCAUGUUGCAAGAAAACAGCAACGUAAAGAGGACAAGGAGAAGAAGCGCUUGGAGCAAGUGGAGAAGAAGAAAGAGCUGCAGCAGCUUCAUGACGAAGAGAUGAGCAAGCUGAAGAGUGCAAAACCUGUGGCUGCAGCCAAGUUAACACGUGCAGAAAUUGCUGCACAGCAGGAGAGACUUCAAGCAGCAGCUGCAGCAGCUGAGAAGCAGGAAAAGGAGUUAGUGCAUGAUGAAAAACCCCUUGAAGAAAACAUCAACCGCCUGGACGUGGAGGGCCAGGAAGCAAGAACUGUUGAGGAGGCCAUUUCCCUUCUCAGUAUUAAACAAGAAAAACUUGAGCGACAUCCCGAAAAGCGUGUCAAAGCAGCAUAUACUGACUUUGAAGCAGAGCAUCUUCCACGUCUCAAACAAGAAAAUCCCAAUCUCAGAUUAUCACAGUUAAAACAAAUGUUGAAAAAAGAAUGGCAAAAGUCACCUGACAACCCACUCAAUCAAAGGUCAAUUUCAUAUAAUUCAAAAUGAACUGUUUUUAAAAUGGCAGAUGUGUUACCUUCUGUUGUUAAUCCCAAGUGAAGUCUUAUUAUUAAAUAGGUUACUUCAGGUUACACAAGCUGCCAGUACUGGUGAACUCAGUUUGGAGGACGGUGAGAGACCUGGAAUGUACAUGUUUUGAAUAAUAUACCCUCAGUGUUGUCAUGGUGACAAGAACCAUGCUUUGAAACUCCAUAUUGUCGAUCAGUAUUGAAACAGUGCUACUCCAGCACGUGCUACACACUCGAUCUGAUCACACAUGUGCACACAAAUCCAAAGAGGCAUUAAAUAUGUUGAUUGAUGUGAAAACUGUUUAUUAUAUCAUGUGGCUUCUUCGCACUGUCCCCGCCAUGAUAUUGCUAAAAGCAGCAUAAAACCAUACUCACUCUU